GCAAAUUUUUCGAAUGACAGGUAGUACCAACCAAUCAGAGUGACUUACCUUUUUGGCCAAGUCCACGUCGGCAAGAGUGGAAGAUGGACGCUUUAAUACUGGAACCCUCUCUCUACACAGUGAAAGCUGUCUUGAUUCUGGACAAUGAUGGUGAGAGGCUAUACGCCAAGUACUAUGAUGACACAUACCCCACGGUUAAAGAGCAAAAGGCAUUUGAAAAGAACAUCUUCAACAAAACCCACCGCACUGACAGUGAAAUUGCUCUGCUGGAUGGGCUGACUGUGGUCUACAAGAGCAACAUUGACCUGUACUUCUAUGUAAUUGGCAGCUCCCAUGAAAACGAGUUAAUGCUUAUGUCUGUCCUCAACUGCCUCUUCGAUUCACUGAGUCAGAUGUUGAGGAAAAAUGUGGAGAAGAGAGCACUGCUGGAGAACAUGGAGGGACUGUUUCUGGCUGUGGAUGAAAUUGUAGAUGGAGGGGUGAUACUUGAGAGUGACGCCCAGCAAGUAGUCCAUCGUGUUGCAUUGCGGGGAGAUGAUGUACCUCUAACAGAACAGACAGUCACUCAGGUUUUACAGUCGGCAAAGGAGCAGAUCAAGUGGUCCCUCUUGCGAUAGGAAGAGAUUUGCCAGCAACCUCAUCGACAUGGUGAGCAACAGCGGCUCUGUGAAUCACUGCACUGAUGGAACAGCAGCUAGCAAGGCCUCCUGGCACCCAAGACACCCAAACCAUGGAGAUCCUUGUCUGGCUGCCUGCCUGCUUUCUUUCGUUUUUUGAUUUUUAUGUUCGUCUGUCUAGUAAUCAUUCCAGUUUUGAUGGAGGGGGCCUGUGAUUGACAUGAAACUGUGCCAGGCUGCCCUCCUUUCCCAGAGGUGCUGUCUACUGCAGUGGACCAGAUGACAGGUGGUGGAUGGUGCCUCAGCGUGGGACUAAUUUUUUUUUUUUUUUUUUUUUUUUAAAUCAUUCUGCUUUUGGUCACCAAUAGUUAAGUAAACACACUCUACACCAUGUUCUCCAGUCUUAUUUCUUUUUUUCUGAAUGUGUAUGUCAGUUCCUCUCUUGGGGUCACCCUGUCUCUCUUUAACAGGAGCCUGUGGAGGAACUGAACUGAGAAACCUGACUUUUAGGAAAUAAAUCUGAUUAUGAAACUCCAAAA